AUGUUCUUGUGCCGGUCCUCCAUACUUUCGUCGUUCCUGGUGGGCGCCCUUGCCCAGACUACCUGUAAGCUUCCUAUACCGUCGGUACCAUACACAUCUGGCGUUCCAUCGUGGCAAGCCACCGAAUACACCUGUCAAGGACCUCCUGACAUCUACGUUGUCGAGCCCAGCAAUGGCAAAGGCCUGGGUGUCUUUGCGCUCCACGAUCUCGACGUUGGCGAUAUUGUUAUGCGGGAAACGCCCAUUCUCAAAAUCGACCCGCCAAACUACGCCAAAGGAACCGGCUACCCCAUGGCUCUAGUAUCGGAGCUCGUUCGGAGAGAAUUCGAACGUCUGUCGCCUGAUGAACAGGCGGAAGUCAUGUCCCUAACGUACCAUGCAACUGCAGUAGAAGAAGCGACGAGGGACAAGCUCGGCAUUAUCUUCAGGACGAACGCAUACAACACAGACGACCAGAUUGGUCUCUUUCCCAAAAUCGCAAGAAUCAAUCACUCGUGCCGACCAAACACCAGCUACUACUGGAGCAAAAAGCUGAACAAAAGGGUGGUGUAUGCCAGUAGGAAGAUCAAGAAAGGCGAAGAGUUCUUCGUGUCGUACAUUGGCCUUCUCUCGACCCACGAGGAGCGACAGAAACGCCUCGACCGCUACGGCUUCAAGUGCACUUGCGAAGCAUGCGCAGCAGAGAAAGCCCUCAAGCAAGUCAGCGACCAACGACGAGUCGAGAUCAGCAAAGCGUUCAUGGACUUCGAGCCGCAGCUGACUCUCGAUGUGCCCAAGUCAAAGUCAGCUAGACGUCAGGCGCGGAUGAACGCCCAAGCAAGCUCGCAGCUUGCCGGACUUGUCGAAGAAGAAGGUCUUGCUGACUACUACGCCAAAGCCUACCGGGUUGCGGCCAUCAGUCACGCCAGGAUCGAAGAGUGGCAACCAGCUGCGAUAUUCGCCAACAAGGGGUACAAGCUAAAACACAUGGAGGACCCUGAGUCCCCGUACACGGCGGAGAUGUACUCGCUCACCAGUAGCUUCAUACAAAGUUGGGAGAGCGAGCUGAAGAAUCAGUCCUCGGAGAAAGUGUCCAAGUAG